CUAGACCAGUUGCGCGUGCGUUCACGGUGACUGAUAAACGGAUAACGGAUAUCAGUUUUUUAUUUUUUUGUCUGAUAGCGUAAUGUUAUUGACGCAGUUUUGUUGUAUUUAUCCUCGGUUUUCCUCGAUCUUCUUCCACUAACUGUAGGCGUUGAAUACAUUUUUGUCCACCACAAUAUUGAUUAACCACCUUCGAAAUUGUGGCGGACCUCCUUCACGAUGCAAAACUCAACGUCGAUGGUCUUGAGACAUUAUUUACGACGUCGUUGUGUGCGUUCCGCGUCAAGUGUGGCGAGUUUUGACUGGGAAGAUGCACUAAACAUCGAUCACAAUUUAACGGACGACGAACGACAGUUGAAAUCUUCGUUCAGGGACUUUUGUCAAAAAGCACUCAUGCCUAGAAUAAUUAAAUCAAAUCGUGACGGCGUGUAUGAAAAGGAAGUGCUCAAAGAAAUGGCGUCAAUGGGCGCAUUAGGAUGUACUAUUGGGGCCUACGGUUGUACCAAAGUGUCACAGGUCGGAUACGGUCUCAUUGCUAGAGAAGUGGAAAGAGUCGACAGUGCAUAUAGAUCCGCCCUGAGCGUCCAGUCGUCGCUGGUCAUGCACGCGAUUCACGCGUACGGCACCGAAGAGCAGCGGGAACGGUACCUGCCGCGGCUGGCCUCCGCUGACCUGGUGGGCAGCUUUUGCCUGACCGAACCAAACGCCGGCAGUGACAUCGGGACGAUGGAGAGCAAAGCCAAGUACAACGCGGACACUAAAUCCUACGUCUUAAACGGCGCUAAGACGUGGAUAACCAACGCACCGGUGGCUGACGUGUUUGUGGUGUGGGCCAGGUGCGAUGACGGUCGCGUCCGAGGGUUCUUGGUGGAAAAGGGCACAGCAGGCCUUUCGACUGCCGUCAUACCCGGAAAGAUGUCUCUGAGAGCGUCCAGCACCGGGUCUGUGUACAUGGACAAUUGUGUGGUGCCUGAGGACAGCCUUCUGCCCGGUGCCACGGGUAUGGGAGGACCUUUCAGCUGUCUGAACCACGCCCGGUACGGCAUUGCGUGGGGAGCUUUCGGGGCGGCCGAAGCGUGCUUGUCCGUUUCCCGGACAUACUGCCUGGAUCGCAAACAAUUCGGCAAACCGUUGGCCGCCACGCAACUGAUCCAGAAGAAAUACGCCGACAUGGUCACUGAGAUAUCCAUCGGCUUGCUGGCGUGUCUGCAGGUGGGAAGGUUAAAGGAACAAGGUUUGGCCACACCGGAAAUGAUAUCGCUGAUAAAGAGGAACUCCACCGGCAAAUCGUUGGACAUCGCGAGGUGGGCGAGGGACACGCUCGGGGGAAACGGUAUUAGUGACGAGUACCACGUGAUCCGACAUCUCAUAAAUCUGGAAACCGUUAACACCUACGAAGGUACCCACGACGUCCACGGCCUUGUAUUGGGCAGAGCGAUCACCGGUAUUCAAGCUUUCAAAUAGUGCGAUCGCCGACGGAUCGAAAACUUCGGACACGAGCUUAAGGAAAACAAAAAAAAAAAUUAGCUAUGCUAUGUUCCAAUUCAGUCAUUACAACGUUACCAAGUCGAGCUUCAUAAACCAAUAUUCGCCAUCGCGGUCAAUGAUUGGUAUAUACCUAUACAUAAUAUGCUUACGGCGUUCUUAUACCGUUUUUUUUUUGUUUUGUGCGUCUUAAAAUACGCGUACCAUUAUACCUUUAUAUUAAUACAAAAAUACAUUGUUUGUGCAUUGUGCGUAAUAAAAUAUUUUUAUCUUUAA